AUGGCAACCCCAUCUCAACUCAAAACACUCCCUCCAUAUUCAUCCCCUCAUCCUUUCGCCAUUAGAGCUCCAUCACCUUCUCCAUCAUCAUCUUCCUCUUUAGCAACCUCCAUGAAAUUCAAAACCCUAAUCCACAACUUCAUCUUCUCCCACAUCUUCCGACUAGCAAGGGCCCUCACCAAGGCCAAGACCAUAAUCAUCGAGCUUCUCAAACAGAUCCACCUCAACAAUGUCAACUUCCUGGAACCACUGAUCUUGAAGAAGAACAAAAACAAGAAUAAGCUCUACUUUGGAUCGUUUAGGUUGCACUACAACUGGUGUUCAUCACAUGUUGUCCCGAUGACUUCACCCAACCCGUUUAAUGGUCAAGUCUACUAUGAUUCAACCUGGGGUUCCUUUGCUGAUGAAAUGGCUCCUCAUGAGUCGCAGCUCUCAGGGUACCUCCAAUGGCUGGAAGAGAAGAACAAGAGUGAUGAUCAUGGGAAUAAGGGCUCUGGGAUUACUGUUGAUGAGAUGAAUGAGAUCGAUCGUCUUGCAGACAAGUUUAUAGCGAAUUGCCAUGAGAAAUUCAGAUUGGAAAAACAAGAAUCUUACAGGAGAUUUCAAGAAAUGAUGGCUAGAAGUGUGUGA